AUGGCAACUAAUGUUGCAUACAUGGUUGUCGUCCCCAAAGAGGAGCAGAUCAAUUCAAAUGUGGCACAACGCUUUUUUGAAUUGACUUACGGUCAGCUCUCGCCCGAAGACAACACUGGCUACCGCAUCUUUUCGGCUUUUCUUGCCAUUUCAUCAUUCGGAAACAUCGUGGUGAUGACCUUUACUGCCGCGAGAGUCAAGCAGGAAAUUGCAAAGCAAGGCAUCCUGCCAUGGGCUAGAUUCUUUGCACAAAACCAUGAUGUUAGCGUCGGCCGUGUACUGUACUGGUUCAAGAAGAAGGGCUGGUUUGUCUCGAUUCUCUCAUACAGGUGGUUUUCACCAAAAGAGCAUUCUGAGAAGACACCCGUCGGCGCACUUCUGCUGCAUUUCGUCUCUUGUCUAGUUCUCAUCUUUGCCACUUACAAGAUGAAAGCUGUAGACGCGUACUCCUUACUCACAGGGCUUGCAGCUUACAUCGUCAACGCCUUCUUCGGUGUCUUUCUGGCGAUGGGCAUUCUACUCCUCCGAUUCAGCGGUCCUCCGGCCACGGCUCGCGAGGUUGCUGGGAUGACCUGGAGUGAAAUGACAGGCCGGAGCAUCAAACCCGUCAUCAGUGUCACAUCUGCUGUCGUUUUCCUCCUUGGCAACGCGUAUCCGAUCAUAACAAAAUGGGUACCGCCAUCAUCCGCUUUCGUCACCUCCUUGGCGUGGUAUGUCGUCCCAAUGGUUGGUUGGCUUGUUCUUGCUGUUGGCGCCAUCUGGUUCUUAGGCUUUUUGGCUUAUGCCAAACGAAGAGAGAGGAAGUACUACGAAGUCUUCACAGUGGAGAGGGCACCUGAGUUUGAGAAUGCAGAUGGGCAUGAGGGCCAGAAGGAUGAUGGAGCCGGUACAGAUGGCGGCCUGGUGCUUGUACACGAGACCGUAUACCUUGCAUGGGAAGCAAAGGAGACAAUGGAGAACGAAGGAACAGAAAAUCCACGUAUUUAA